GGCUGGCUAGGGAAUUCUGGGAGUUGAAGUCCACCAGUCUUAAAGUUGCCAAGGUUGAGAAACGCUGAAGGGAUAACAUUGGGAGUCAUCUUUGGAGUGUUUAUGAGUUAUUUCUUGGUGGCCCUCAAUGUCUCCAUCAAUGAUCUCACCAUGCCAAGUCUUCUGAGAAACCCUAUUAUCAGCUGUGAGUCAUGGGUUCUGUAACCAUUUUUCUUUCCUCUCUCUCCCCAGAGUCAUCUUCUCCAUCAUGUCUCCACUGAGGAACUCAAUCCUGCUCUUGGCUCUGUUCCUCCCGUCGCUGCUAGCCACAGUGGACGAUGCCUUGGGUCCACCCAGGAUUGGGUCAUCUUCUCCAGAUGGUGGCAACCGUAGCUCCAAGUGUCAGGAGCACACUGAGUGCCAGGAAGGUGUGAUCUUACCUGUGUGGCUCCCUCAGAAUCCUUCCGUCGGAGAUAAGGUGGCCCGGGCCAUCGUUUACUUUGUGGCCCUCAUCUACAUGUUCCUGGGCAUGUCCAUCAUUGCCGACCGCUUCAUGGCCUCCAUCGAAGUGAUCACCUCGCAGGAGAAGGAGAUCACCAUUAAGAAACCCAACGGGGAGACCAUGACAACAACGAUCCGCAUCUGGAACGAGACGGUGUCCAACCUAACCUUGAUGGCCCUGGGGUCGUCUGCCCCCGAGAUACUCCUGUCCAUCAUCGAGAUCGUGGGUCACGGCUUUCAGGCAGGAGACAUGGGUCCCAGCACCAUCGUGGGCAGCGCCGCUUUUAACAUGUUCAUCAUCAUUGCCGUUUGCAUUCACGUGGUCCCUCAAGGCGAGAUACGGCGCAUCAAACACCUGCGGGUUUUCUUCGUCACCGCGGCGUGGAGCAUCUUUGCUUACAUCUGGUUGUACCUUAUCUUGGCCUGGUUCUCUCCCGGUGAGGUAGAACUCUGGGAAGGUCUUCUCACCUUCUUGUUUUUCCCAGUCUGCGUCCUCCAAGCUUGGAUAGCUGACCGGAGGCUCCUCUUCUACAAGUACGUCCAUAAAAAGUACCGGGCGGAUAAGUCGCGAGGUCUCAUUAUCGAGAGCGAGGGCGAUAUCGGCUACCCGAAAAUGGACAUCGAGAUGGAUAACUCGCUCAAGGAAGGAUCGGAAGGUCUGGGGGAUACGGGUAAGGAUCAAGACGAGGAAGCCCGCAGGGAUAUGGCUCGAACCUUGCGGGAUUUGAAACAGAAGCACCCUGAAAAGGACAUGGAACAACUGAUCGAAAUGGCCAACUAUCAGGUACUGGUCCAGCAGCAGAAGAGCCGCGCUUUCUACCGCAUCCAAGCGACCCGUAUGAUGAUCGGAGCCGGGAACAUCCUCAAGAAACACGCGGCCGAUCAGGCCCGCAAAGCCAUCAGUAUCCAAGAAGUCCAGACGGAGGAAGACGAAUCGGUGACCAGAGUCGGUUUCGAGCCAGCUCACUAUCAGUGCUUCGAGAACUGUGGCUCGGUGGUCCUGACCGUGGCCCGUCGAGGAGGCGAUCUGGCCUGCGUCACUGUGCGAGUGGACUUCCGUACGGAGGACGGAACCGCCAACGCUGGCUCCGACUACGAAUUUGCAGAGGGUACCUUGCUCUUCAAGCCGGGAGAGACACACAAGGAACUGCGGGUGGGGAUCAUUGACGAUGAUAUUUUUGAAGAGGACGAGUAUUUUUACGUCCAUCUCAGCAACGUCAGGGCAGCCUGGGCCGAGCCGGGUCCAGAACCUCCUCCGAAAGCUUGUCUUGCGCCCUCCAAGAUGGCCACUGUGACGAUCUUCGAUGACGACCACGCCGGUAUCUUUACCUUUGAGGGACCCUCGAAGCGAGUGAGCGAAAGCGUAGGCGUGGUACACAUCAAAGUGUUGAGGACUUCGGGAGCCCGUGGACGAGUGGCCAUCCCUUAUCACACCAUCGAGGGCACAGCUAAAGCCGGCGAGGAUUAUGAGGAAGUGGCUGGCAAGGUGGAAUUUCAGAACGACGAGACGGUAAGAUACAUCGAGAUAAAAAUUAUCGACGAUGAGGAGUAUGAAAAAAAUAAGAAUUUCUAUCUGGAGUUGGGACCCCCAGUUAUUUUGGACAUCGGACUCCGGCACGGUAAGGAUGGGAAGAUGAAAAAGGAAGAAAUUCCCCCCAUCCAGUUUUCACUUAAAUCCGGAGAAGCUAGUCCGUUACACCACCAAUCUCUUUUUCCCCAUCCUAUCCUAGGUGAUACUAACGAGAAUCAAUUGCCUGCAGGGGAGGAGAAAAUUGCCAAAAUGGGAUACCCCAGUUUGGGAGAAAAUGCCAAACUUGAAGUUAUCAUUGAGGAAUCUUACGAGUUCAAGAGCACUGUGGACAAAUUGAUCAAGAAAACCAACUUGGCGCUCGUGGUGGGAAGCAGCAGUUGGCGAGAGCAGUUCGUAAGCGCCGUCACCGUCAGUGCCGGUGACGAUGAAGACGACGAUUCGGGCGAGGACCGUCUCCCUUCCUGCUUCGACUACAUCAUGCAUUUCCUCACCGUCUUCUGGAAAGUUCUCUUCGCGUUCGUGCCGCCCACCGAGUAUUGGUGCGGCUGGGCUUGCUUCCUGGUCUCGAUCUGCCUCAUCGGGGUGCUCACCGCCCUCACGGGGGACCUGGCCUCUCACUUCGGCUGCACCAUCGGACUCAAGGACUCGGUCACGGCGGUGGUGUUCGUGGCGCUGGGUACCUCCGUGCCCGAUACCUUCGCCAGCAAGGUGGCCGCCAUCCAAGACCAGUACGCCGACGCUUCCAUCGGCAACGUGACGGGCAGCAACGCGGUUAACGUCUUCCUCGGCAUCGGUGUGGCCUGGACCAUCGCCGCCAGCUACUGGGCCAGCAAGGGAAAACCCUUCGAGGUGCAGCCGGGCUCCCUGGCCUUCUCCGUCACCCUUUUCACCAUCUUUGCCUUCAUCAGCAUCGCGGUGCUGUUGUACCGGCGCCGGCCUCCGGUGGGGGGCGAGCUGGGCGGUCCCCGAACCCCGAAACUUCUGUCCACCUUGCUUUUCGUCAGCCUCUGGCUGGUCUACAUCCUCUUAGCGGCUUUAGAAGCCUAUUGCCAUAUCGAAGGCUUCUGAAGCGGCGGGUUCGAAUCCAGGACUUUGAGAAUCCGGAAAGGACCUCACACCACUCGGAGGGACCCACCUCCCUGUGUAAACGUGCAGGAUCCCUCCCCCCCCUUUUUAAAAAUUUCCCUCUCUCCACCGCCCGUCUUGCCACUUCGGCGUCCGAUUUGGGGCGUGCUUAGGUCUUCCGUGUCAGCAGGGACCAGGUGGGGCUGCCAUCUUGGCUUUGGACCAGCCCAAGUCACGAGUUCGAGACGGUGUCUCGGAGAAGACUUAUUAAGGGGAAGGAGAAAUUUUUUGGGCGGGGGGAAAGCUGUCGUCGUCCGUGGCUGCUGCGUCUGAUAUGAGGGGUGGAAGGGAUGGAUUCACACCUGUCCAAUUUCUCUUGUUCUCCUGCAUUAAUUGAAGACUUUGGAGCCAUUGGCCUUUGGCCAAUGCUCAAGAAUUUAAAAAGGGGAGCAGGAUCUGUUACCUCUCUCCUCCAUCCUGCCCUACUUCAAGCCACGGUUUAAUGGAAGGAAGCUUGCUUGUGCCCGGACAUCGGAAGGCCAUCCGAACCGAGUUUUUGGAACGAAGGAAAGGAAUUUUGCACAAAAUGCUAUCCUCUUGGUCUCCCAUCCAUAAGGAGGAGAAGGGCCGGGAGGGCCAAGAGGGGGGGACAAUCCCGAAACUGCCAAUUUGUCUUCAAGCACAGUCCAGUCUCUCUUAAAAGCCAACCUUCGCGCUCUUCCCGAAAACAGCACAAAACGUCUCUCCGAACGGCAGAAAAAGGGAACAAAAAAAAAAUUAAGAGCGAAGCUGCUUUUCCCCGUAGCUUUAUUUUCUGCCAGGGUUGCUCUGUUUCUGUCGUCCAUUUUGGGGUGGGGCCCUUUGUACGGAGCCCGAAUUUUUAUUUUUUUAGCAUUGAUCCUACACGCCGGCCAAACACAGACGUGCCUCCGCCCGGAGAGGUUAUUUAUCUUUUUUGUGUUUUCAUUUCACAACUGAGCCAAAGCGGAGGUAGUCCUUCACUUACGACCACCGUUGGGACUAGAACUUUGGUCGCUAAGCGGGUCGUUGAAUCGUGUCCAAUUUUGUUCACCUCGUUUUGCUGCCGUCGUUAAGUGGAUCACAUGGUCAUUGAUUCAGUCACCCCAAUUGUACUUCCGUCGAAGCACGUUCUCAUCAACGGAGCCAGGGACAAUUUUAA